AGUGUGCAUGCUCCUUGGACACCUGCCUCAGUGCACAUGUUCACUGGGCAUCUUUCCUUCGACCCCUUUGCCCAUGUGGUGACCGCUGGGGAACUGUGAGAGUGUGAGGGUCGCGUUCCAGCUGUCUGGACUCUUUCUUUCCUACUGAGACGCAGCCUGUAGGUCCGCAGGCCAGUCCUCCCAGGAAGUGAAAUAGUGAAAUAUGAGUUGGCGAGGAAGAUCAACAUAUAGGCCUAGGCCAAGAAGAAGUUUACAGCCUCCUGAGCGGAUUGGGGCUAUGCUUGAACCCAGUGAUGAAAAGCCUAAAGAAGAGAAGCCACCCACUGAAAGUUGGGAUCCUACAGCUGAUCAGAAGAGAGAAGAUGAUCAGGUUGCAGCUGAGAUUCAAGUGCCUGACCUGGAAGCUGAUCUCCAGGAGCUGUGUCAGUCAAAGACUGGGGAUGAAUGUGAAGAUGGUACUGAUGUCAAGGGGAAGAUUCUACCAAAGCAGAGCACUUUAAAAUGCCAGAAGCAAGUGAAGGGAAAUCACAGGUUUAAAGGAAGAUAAGCUGAAACAACACAAACUGUUUUUAUAUUAGAUAUUUUACUUUAAAAUAUCUUAUUAAAGUUUUAAGCUUUUCUCCAAA